AAGAAGAUCGGAUUAUAUGUGGUUGGCUAGUGUGUUAUGGUUCUCCUUUAAUUAAAGUUAUGUUUUGUGUUUUGAAUGUGUAUAUUCGUUGUUUAAUUAUUCAGUAAAUCACGUUCAUACUGUGAAUCCACUCCGGGUUUUGUGAGCGCCUCGACGGUUCGCCAACUGUCACUGUCUGUUGCUCCGGGAGGAGAGGCGGGUAAAAAUGUAAACACUGAUCCAUCCUGAUGGAGACUUUUGUUUGGUAGCUUGCUAGACUCCUUUUCUUCUGCUUUUGCUUCAGAAGUGACAUUGUAGAGCCGCACUGCUCUUGCGUAGUUUUGUUCUCUCACGUCUUUAAUCUAUUUUGACCUCACCCGUUUGGUAUUAAAGGCUACCCAGCUCCGCAUUAGCUAUCUAGGUUAGCUAGCUAGUGUUACAGCUCGGCAGCUAACGUUAGCCGGGACACCAAGUUAAUGUCAAUAUAUUCGUCUUAGUUGUACCUUUAAAGUGUCUAACGUUACUACCUACUAUAUCCUGAUGCAACUUGAUGGAGGACUACGACAAGUUUGUGCAGCGUCGUAUCUUCCAGCUGAGGAAAGGUGAAGAGGAGGAGGAACUCAGCAGACCUUCACCUGCAUCCUCUCUCAUCCGCGUCCAUGGACGACCCAUCCUUCCUCCCCUGCUCUCAGUGGAGCAGAGAGAGGAGAUGCAGCGACAUAAAGAAGAAGCACGAAAAGUUGUUGGCCGUAGGAAAUUGAAGGAUGAUCCAAGAAUGGCCUAUGUGCAAACCAUUCUGCACAGUGUUCAGCUGAGAAAGACGCCAACACUGGAGGAACUGCUUCAGGAGUCAGGGGUUAACACAAAAUCUUUAUAUUCCUACACCACUAGCAGUGGAUCAGUGUCACAGAGUGAUUUUUUAAUUGGAACAAAGGAUAGUCUGUUGCUCUCGCCACCCCCUGAAAAGAAAGGAGAGGAUAGACUUUCUCCUCCUCCUGCUACAUCAAUGAUGUGUAGUGCCUUUUUCACUUCUGAUGUGACACCUGAGCAAAGUUACCAUGAAGGAUGCCUUAUUAACCAACAUGACAGCCAACAGGGAUCACAGCCAAGCCACUCACUAUCCUCAGGUUAUGUGACCUGCGAGAAUGUCGAAAACACCAUCAGUGUCUCUGGAAUGAUUGAAGCAGGGAGUGAGAGCCGUGGCUUUGGCUUCUCAGAGGGAUCAUAUAGUAUAGGUGGCUUUUUCCUUCACAGCACCUCAAAUACAAUUGCCAAAAUGCCAGAAAUUAUCAGCCACCCUCCCAUAGAUGGAGAGGAAUUAGAAAGGAGUGGACUGGAGUCGUCCUUUUGUAAUAACUUCAUAGCUGUAAAAGACAUUUGUUGCACAUCGUUGCAGGAGGAUUCAGUUUUAUGUGACCAUUUACCAGCGACUGAAAGCAGUCACCUGGACAGCACAGAGAGUGGAGAUAACACUCAGUCUACUGCAGUACUUGACCUUGACAAAGAUCACAUUUUGGACUAGAGUGAGGACCCAGUGUCUUCAGCAGAAAACAGUGGCUUUUCAGAUAAUCCAGAGUUAUCAGAGACACCAAGCACUCAUCGUUGUCCAGCAACAGAACUGCAUAGUCAGCAUGAGCCCAGAGAAACAGAACCAGCAGACAACCAUGUAGAUGAAGCAAAUCCAUCUGAGGAGCCAUAUCGUCUGAGCCUCCAGGCCUUGCUGAAGAAAUCUCAGGAGUAUCGGCGUCACCAGCGGAUGCUUAGGAACCAAGCCAAAAACACUAAAAUCCAGGAGAGGACUCAAGAACAGCCAAGAGCAAGGGCAGAGGAGCAGAGCCUCUCUGAUAAGGAGAACGACGAGUCCCCUUACAAGGGGACUGUGACUGCAGAGGGGAAAAAAACUAAAGAGAGGAGAGGCACUUUUAUUCCGACAGUGGAAACAUCAUUUAAAAAAUCCUCUGAAAAUGAGAAGAUGAUUGAGAGUGAGUUCACUGGAAAAAAGACCAACGUUAACUCUGAUAGCACACAUUUAACAGCCUAUGAAAACGCUAAGGAAAUGGCUAGAGUUGAAGAGGAAACAACUUUCAAAAAUAAUAAGCUAAACAGUUCACAAGAGGUCAUAACAGAGCCUAAACAAAUUAGCGCCUUCAUCCAGCAACAGCCUGAGUCAGCAGAAGCCUCCCCGGUCCAGGAAGCCUUCUACUUGACCAGUGAACAGAAUACCACCUGUUCUAAAGGUAUAUUUAAAGGAGUAGAGAAAUAUCACACAAUCCCAGCCCCUAAUUUCUGUAUGAGUCCUGUACGUUGCAAAAGCAGAGGCAGUAUCAGAGACAGAGAACCUGUUGAUGGGGUCAUGACCUCAAAGGGGAAGGUUGUGGUCAACACUGGUUCAAAUGAACACCACCUGUGUGAAGAGGAAAGUAACCUGUUACAUCCAAACAGUCACACAGCAGCUCCUUCCACUAUGAAUCUCACAGUUGAAGGCGAUGUAACAAGUGUUUUAGCCAAGAGUUCAGAGCACAUAGAUCAGCUUGAAUCAAACCUGUCCAGUCUAAAAGUACUGAUCUUAGAUUUGGAGUCAACUGUGAAAGAAAACUUGGAGAAUCGCAGCCAAACUGGGAGCAACACGCAAAAUGAGGUCAGUUUUAAAGGCAUCGAGUGCUCUGAGAAAAGUAAAAAUAAUCAACAUAUGCAGCUACCUCAAAGUGAUUGUGACCAUUGGGAGGAUAAGUUGAGGGAUGAUGAUGUUGAUAGCAAUGAUACAGAAUAUAUGGAGUGGCCUGGAAGACAAUCGUUCAACAAUAGUAAAAACAAGAAUGAAGAUACAGGACCUGAACCAGUCUUCAGUGACGCAGAUGAUGUUCCUCUCAUCAUGCAGGAAAAAGGAAAAGAGGCAGUUAAUUUAAGAGAGAUCUGGCUCGUCAAAGCCUUAGCUACAGAGAGAGUAAAGGAAAAAGGAAUUGAUAAAGAAGAACUUAUGAAGAGUUACGGACCGCAUCGCAGCUUUAGAAAACAGCAGCCAUCAGCUAAAUGUAUCCUGUCUACAGCACAACAGAUUCGCAUUCCUGAUAUAUUCAGAAACGUUCCAUCUGAAACCACGGUCCCAUGUAACGUCUCAGUGCUCUCAGAUACCAGUAACCAUCCAGCGGAAAGGAGGAAUGAGACAGCUGUGGAAGGUCAUGACUCUACUCACUCGCCGUCUCUCAACCAGUCGUAUGAUGUGGACAAACCAUCAGGUCUGUGGCUCCUCGAAGGCUCAGGGCCUGACUUGGGCUCAAAUGGUCACCUUUUUCAGGAGAAGCAGCUGACUCCAGAGAGUGGGGAAGAGGGUCAGGGUGGGGUUUCCAAAGUCAAACGGAGACUGCUCAUGCACAUGACAGAGGAGUCCCAGGAAAGGAGUGCAGAUACCAGCGGAGGAGCAGGCUGUGUGGUCAGACCCAGCUCCAGCACUCCUAGAGCAACAGUGCGGUGGUAUGAAAACUGUGGCAGUCACAAGAGCAAGCAGGAGCAACUGAAGCAGGCCCAUGCUGCCCAGGUCAGAGCCCUGCAAGAUGAGCACAGGAGACAACAGGAGGAACUACUACAGGCGUUAGCGGUGCGUUACCAUCUCCUCCAGAGCGUGUCCUUCCCCUGCUCCAUGUCAACCUUACAUCUCGGGGACAUGCCGACCUUUUCUACCCUCUCUCAGCCCUCCAGCCCACUGUCAGAGCACUACCGCCCCCUGCUGUCAGCGGUCGUGAAAGGCUUUUUAACUCGCAGGCUGCUGAGGACAGAGAGAGUGGCGCAGCUGGUGCGCACCAUCAGAGACACGCAGCAGUUCCUGCAUGCCUUCCAGCAGCAGAGCCCUGGCAGAGGAGAGUUCUGUAGUAGACAGGACCUCUUAUUGCAGGAAAGAGUCAAUCUGCAGCUGCGCACUGCACGUUAUGAGGUCUAUGACAUAUUCUUCAGCCUGUCAGCUGCAGAGAGGAUGCAGCUCAUCAGCUGGGACAGAGAGCUGGUCAGGGAGAGAGAGCUCAGACAACAGAGUGGGCACACAGGCCAUCCCAGAAGAAAGACUUCUCUGUCAGCUGCAACACAAAAAUCACUGGAGAGGAAGAGAGGAAUCAUGAUCCAGAAAAAGGCAGCAGAGAGGCACAGGGGGGUUGUGACGAGGACUGGACACAAGACUGGAUUCUCUGCCGAGCAGCCACUGGAAACCAAACGAGGACAGUUCAGAGCAAAUCCUCAGAGAGUCCCCAAGAGCACUUACUCCACUAGGCCCCGAUGACACUUUCUUAAUUGGCCCCAGUGAGGACUCCUAAUAAGGCCUCUAGCCAUUACAUGAAUAUUGUAUAAGUAAUCAUCUGAGAAUUUCUAAAUCCAAAAUCCAGAUUUGACAAAAAGUGAUGCCUGUUGCUGACUAACACAUUUUUGUAUUUCAUAUCUGAAUUCUUGGGGAAGUUUUACCCUCUUCAGCUAGGGUAUACAUUAUUAUAGUGACUUCAGUUUCACUCACCUAGAGCAGUUUCACAAUAAUUGGAUGCUCAGAGUUGGGAAUAAAACAUCACUGCAGCCACUCUGUUUUGGAAUGCUUCAGCAGCAGCUUUAAAGCUCUGUGCACUGCACCUGAAAGAUGAUGUAUAGACUUCACAGUGGACAUAGGACACGCACAGGUAUAGUGAAUAAUAUUAAUGAUGGCUACAUUCUAGUGUUUCCCAAUCUGGCGGUCACAAGGUAGAUCUUGUGAGAUGAUUAAUGCAGGAAAAUAGCAAAAAUAUAUUUAUGAAACAUAAGAUUAUUAAAAAAAAAAAAUACUUUGCUGUGAUCUUUCCAUUUGUCUUUUGAAUUACUGGACCAGGCCUCCAAAAACUCAUUGUGUUACAUUAUAAUUACUUCCUGGCUGAUUGUUCACAACUUAUAUACAUAUAACCUGUGAAAUAGUUCACUGGAGUGGAACCAUGAUUAAGGUUAUUAAUUACACCUGUGCAUAUCUUGCUGCAGUAUGUCACAAUCUCCACUGUGAAAAAACCUAACGUGGACCAGUUAAUUAUUUGAAUGUGCAUUGCAGUGUUUUUCCAGUUCCCCAAUGUUAAAUCUCUGCUCCGUUUGCUGGACUCAAACAUUUAAUUAUUGUAUUUAUGUGCCUGCUUACUUGCCACCAAAAACAUAAGCACAUAUUGAACUCAUUUAGUAUGAUAUUUACAGUAUUUUUGUACUUCCAUAUAUCCAAAUAUCCAGCUCCAGAUGUUAGUGUUGAUGCUAAUACUUGAAUAGUGUGUUACUACCAAGUGUUGCCUUCCAUGUUUGUCCUAGAAUAUUAGGAUUACACAUCAGCCAAAACACAAGUAAACCUUUGCAGUUUUUCAAAGGGAUUUUGGAACUGUUUUAUAUAUUAUUUAUUUGUACGUGGUUUGCAAUAAAUGUUUCUUGUCGCUUUAA